AUGACCCGCAUCAUCGAAGCCAGCCAGGGAGAGGUCGUCGCCAUCGCUAUCGGGCCCUCAAAAACCAUUUUCCGCAUCCACGAAUCCCUCCUCUGCAGCAAAUCAGAGUACUUCCGCACAGCCUAUAAUGGUCGAUGGAAAGACUCUACCGACGGAGUCGUACUAGAAGACGUGGAUGUAGGCGUCUUCAAACUCUUCGUGAACUGGCUAUACACAUCCAAAGUGCCCGAGAACUUCGACGAUCUCUCAACCAUGACCGGUAUGCCACAAUGCGUAUCAGGCGAGUCCACAACGGCCGCUUUCCUGCUCCUCAAAGCAUGCGUCUUCGGCGACCGGUUCCUCGCAUACGAUUUCUAUGAGCGAGCGCACAAUACGUUUGUUGACUGGAAUGUCCUCAAUCCCGGUUGGCCUUGGGUUGACCUGGGAGAUGGUCGAUUACGCGUUCGAGAAUCUAGCGGAUGA